AUGACAACGGUGCGCCCGUUUCGGGCACGCGACUUGUUCGCGUUCAAUAAUGUCAACAUGGACCACUGGACCGAGACGUACAGCAAUGGAUUUUACCUGAGCUACCUUGCACAGUGGCCGGACAUGGCGCUGACUGCGUGCGCAGCGCAAACGGGUGCCAUCAUGGGCUAUGUACUUGGCAAGGCUGAAGGCAAGGAACCCACUGAGGAAGACAAAAGGCGGAACAAGGACCUUACACUGCAUGGACAUGUGACAGCCGUGACGGUGGCACACGAAUACCGCCGUUUGGGCGUCGCACAAAUGCUCAUGGAUUUCUUCGAGUAUUGCUCUGAGCAUGUUUACCGCGGUUUUUUCGUCGACCUCUUUGUGCGGCCAUCCAAUGCUAAGGCCAUAGGCAUGUAUAAAAAGCGCGGCUACUCCGUGUAUCGCCGUGUUCACGCGUACUACCAGGGUACGCCUCCGAAGUCGGCAGAAGAUGGGUUUGAUAUGCGGAUGCCCUUACCACGCGAUACAAAGCGGCAGACUAUCCGCAGUCAUGGCGAAAAUGUCGUUGUACAACCGCAAGCAACCAUCUUUGAGCCGUUCGUGCACAAAGGUAUCUGA